UCCCGUACCAUGCUCCACCUCGCGGCGGCCAUAGGACUCGCCAAAAUCGUGCCCAUUCUCGUCGCCGCAGGUGCCGAGGUGGCCCAGAGAGGCCAUUUUGGCCAGACCCCUUGGGACAUUGCCGUGCGCUACGGGCACACAGAGAUCGCUACGGUGCUGGCUGCUGCUCGAGAGCCUCCUCUGAAUAACACCCUACACUCUGAAAUGGAAGGCUGUGACGCUCCAAGGUGGACCGCAGUGACGCCUGUGCCUGCGCCGUGGAACGAGGAGGGUCUGCUGCCCUCGUUGAAGCAACCCACAGUCGCCACUUCUUACAUCCCUGAGCUGCCGGCCAUAUAA